GAUGUAGUAGAUGACGCUAAAAACAUGCGCGCGUAACCUUGUGGCACUGACAGUAGUGUUGUCAAACAUAAGCUGGAGAAACAGUUGUUAAAACCAUUUUUUAGGUGAUAUUUUUUUCCGAACAGCAUUGUUUGGAAGUCAUGAGCAAAUAUAUAUUACCAGUUUCUGUUUUUGGAACAGUGUUUGGAGCUGCUGUUUUACUGAAGAACCAUGUAACCGGAGGCCCGUGUCCCAGUAAGGCUACCAUCAAGGGGAAGACUGUGGUUAUAACAGGAGCAAACACAGGCAUUGGGAAAGAGACUGCCCGGGAACUGGCCAAGAGAGGGGGUCGGAUCAUCAUGGGAUGUCGGGACAUGGAGAAGUGCGAGACAGCUGCAAGGGAAAUAAGAGGGAAGACCCUGAAUCCUCACGUUUACGCGUGUCAACUCGACCUGGCUUCCGUGAAGUCCAUCCGAGAAUUUGCGGAGAGAAUCAAACAAGACAAGGAGCGUGUGGAUGUCCUCAUAAACAAUGCAGGGGUCAUGAGAUCUCCAGCUGGGAAGACAGAAGAUGGCUUUGACAUGCAGUUUGGAGUCAACCACCUAGGCCACUUCUUGUUGACAAAUCUUCUGCUGGAUAAGUUGAAAGAGUCCGCCCCCAGCAGAGUGAUCAACCUGGCCUCACUCGCCCACAUCGUUGGAAAGAUUGACUUUGAGGACUUGAACUGGGAGAGAAAGAAGUUUGAUACCAAGCAGGCGUACUGUCAGAGCAAGCUUGCCAAUGUUCUGUUCACCAGAGAGCUCGCCAAGCGAUUGCAAGGCACAGGAAUCACGGUGAACGCUGUGCACCCGGGCGUUGUUGCCACAGAGCUCGGGAGGCACACUGGUCUGCACCAAUCCCAGUUCUCCAGCUCUGUGCUCAGUCCUUUUUUCUCCAUGUUGGUGAAGAGCCCAGAGCUGGGGGCCCAGCCUAGCGUCUACCUGGCAGUGUCCGAGGAGAUGGAGGGGGUGAGUGGAAGGUACUAUGAUGUCAUGACAGAAAAGGAACCGGCGCCGCAGGCCCUGGAUGAGGAGGCAGCUCGCAGGCUGUGGGAGGUCAGCAGCAGGCUGGUGGGUCUGGAGGAAGAAGGACAAUCCGGUAAAUCAAACCCAACAACAGAAGUCCAGAGCUAAGCAGCACAGACAGUCCCAGUGCCGAGACACCGACAGAGCCUAGGACCAGCCGUCAGUGCUGUGGGGCUGUAGGCCUGCUCUGCCCUCUGCACCAGCGGGGCAUAAUGGACCUUUAUGGCUUGAGCUGUGCCAGGCUCAUUGGAACAAUUAACUGUCUGAGUCUGGGAGUCUUGUUGUCUGUAUUAAGGCAGUCUUUUGUACAUGCCUUUAUGUUCCUGCAUCAGGAUGUUGUCUUUAAAACAUGUUUAACAAGUAGCCUUUGACAAUGGAUUGUUUUUUUUUAAUUACAGAAGCUGUAAUUCUUGUCCAUAUUUACUGUAAGUUCACAUUGAGAGUAAUGGAAAUGGGUUUUAUUAUUGUGGAUUCAAGCAGAAAAUGCUGACAGAUAGCGCCAUCUGGCUGCUAGCAUCAAAAUACAGACUAGUAGUUUACCCUUUUUUAUUUGUUUGUACGGAUAAUGUGUAUCUUGGAAGCUUUAGAUUUAUUUUAUUAUUUAUUUAUUUUUUUGUAUAUUUAAACCAGGUAAGAAAGUCCGUUUGCAGACACUUGGGAAUUGCUCGACCUUGUUAACCCAUUAUGAAAACAUCUGCUUUAAAAACAACAAUCUGAUUUGUGCUAAUAUUGUGAUAAUUCAGUGCAGAUUUCAUUAGACUGCAAUGCAAUAAGUAAGAACUUACAAUGAUUAAGUAAGAAGAACAAUGAAAUUAACAAAAGCAGACAAUCCAAAUCUAUUUUUAUAAUGUUUUCCAUACUAUAUUAUAUUAGAUUAAUGAAAGCUAAUAGUAAAAAAGCAAAAAAACAACACACACAUUAAAAACAUAAAAAACAAUGAAAAAAGGACAGAAGGUCAUUUUGAAGUCAACCCACUUUGUUUAAACCUGGUAUAAAAUCCAAUUACAAUUUAUCCUAAUGUUCACUUUUAAGUGCACUUUUGCUUUUGCUCUUGUUUACUCUUGCCUCUUGAUAAAAAAAUUAAGUUACAAGAGCACUCACAUUUCUGAUCCUUUCAGACCUCUGAGCACAAAGAAGAAUAUCCAUCCCAAAAGUAAUUGAGGGAUCCAUUGAAUAGAGCUUUUUUUCAACAGUAAAUCCCAGAGUGCAGAUCAAUAAGGACCACUUUCUGCACUAAUGCACACCGAUCAGCAUCAGCCCUGAAACUCAAAACCCUGGAUCGUUUAUUUCAGGGUUGGUUUCCCAGUGGAAAGUCUAGCUGUUAACAUCCUAGAUGAUGUAGAUGAGCAACAAAAUCACUGGGUUCUCCUUUGCCCUCCGGAUUGUCAAAGACCUCACAGUCCCUAGUGCAUGAUGCUGUGUAUAGUUUCCCUUUCUGGCAUGAAUC